AAUUAUCAAUAAAAAAAAUCAAACCAAGCAAAGUGUUGAGAUCUGUGAUUAUUGGAUAUUUAUUGAGUUCCUGAUCAUGGGGACAGAAGUGGCUAUAUCAUUUAGUGCUUUACGUGCUCAGUUAGAAAAUGAAAAAUCUACUUUGUUUAAAAUAGAUGAAAAUAUUAAGAAAAUUCAAGUAACGGGACGAUUCCCCAAUGAUAGAUUUAAUAACUCUUCUGGAGAUUAUGCAAGGGGUGGAGCUCGGAUAGGCGGCCGAAAUGCUUACCAAGAUACCGGCAAUAACUACAAAAAUGAAGAUCAAUUUGGCAAAAGAAAACACGAGACAAAAACUGUGUUUAGCAGAUUAUCUGCACGGACGCAAGAUAGUGAUGGAGAAGAGGAUGGACCUGGCACCAAGAGAGUUAGAAUGCCAUCAGCAGUAUCCAGGGAGUUGCCAACAAGAGCUGCAGUGCUCAGAGCCCAGGGGGAUGACGAACAAUCCAGGACCAGGAACCGUCGCAUAUUCGGUUCACUUUUAGGAACACUACAGAAGUUUAAACAAGAAGAAAUUGUACUUCAAACUCAGGAAGAUAAGAAAGCUCAAGUUGAACGCAAGAUUGAAGAGCAAGCAAGAUUAGAAAAGGAAAGAGAACAAAAAGAGAGAAAAAGUUUGUUUUUGGAAAGGGAACACAAGAAAGCAACAAUCAAGGCCUUAGAGGCGAAAAUGGGUCGUGUUCAAGAGUUUGAGAAGUGGGAAGCUUCACAGAAAAGUCUCAGCAAUUUUAUCCUGACCAAAUCAAAACCACAUAUAUACUGGAUUCCAAAGAAAAUGACAGACAAAGCCACUGAAAAACUGAACUCCAGUAGAAAGUUCCAUGAAAAAUGCAUGGCUAAGAAACGUAUAGAACUACAAGAAGAAUUGCAGCGGAUAGAACAGCGAUGUCUGCGGCAGAGAGGUCCCGGCGCCAAGGAAAAUGAUCCAGAACUUCAGAAUGACAAAGGAGAGGAGCCCAAACAUAAUGAUUCUAUCUCUGAGCAUGAUCAGGAGGUUAAGAUUGAAGACAGCGACGAUAAAACGAGAAAGAGGAACAAGUUCGCCACGGAUGCAGACGAAAAGGAAGAGAGUGACGCUGAUGACAGGCACGAUGAGGCUCCACCAGCAGACAUUAUACCCAAAGAGGAAAAAGAAUCUGAUGAAAGCAAAAUGGAUACAAGUUCAGAGCAGAUUUCACAGGCGGACCUGACAACUGGGAUCGACACAACUAAUGAGAAUAUGGACUCAACUAUGGAAACAAGUGCAGUCAAUGAUACUCAAACAGAUGCCGAUGAGACCGCAGACGAUAAUGAUAAACUAGAUGCUAACUCUCCUGAACAUUCCUAACAACUACUUUUCCACCCAAUUAAUGGGAUUUCAAUCACAUUUGCAAUACCAUGUAAAAUAACAAUGUAAUUAUAAAAGCAAAG